UAUUAAUAUUUGUACAGGACUUUCUUCGUAGAUUGCUUGAACAUCAGCAAUCAGUAAAAUGUGGUCAAGACUGUUUUAGAAAAAAACAGGCUCCACACAAAGGUGAUGCAAGAGUGAAUCAUGGGUUGGUGCUGAUAAUGUCCAAAAUGUCACAGGCAUCGGGAGGUAUCUUGCCUUCUUUAAGUUCAUUGGUUGGACAGAGAAAAAUCUCCCCAGAGGAACGAAUAAGUAAGGAAGAAUGGCCUUCCCUAAGUCCUCAAUUAAGUAAAAAUGAAACCAGUACUUCAGCUGGAUUUGUCGAUUUUAAAUUUCCAUCUGAGGAAAAGCAGAGUUCCAGUAUGGAGGAAAAUAAAAGACUGCAAAAGAGAACGUUGAAUCUGAAGACUGAAAUCAUACCAGUUGAUGAAAUUCUGCAAAAAGAAAAUGCAAAUGUAGCAGAUCCUGGUGCUCAAAACACUUUGACAAAAUCAAUACAGAAAGCUGAAGCACUUUUAAGGACCCAUCUAAAUCCUGGAUUAAAAUGGUGGCUCAAGCAACGAUCUGAUGGUAGCUCUUCUGAUGUGGAUGAUUCAUUUAUUAGUGAAGAUAAGUUCAAUUCACAUUCUUCAGAGAAGUUUCAAAGGCUUGAGCAAUGUGUCCUUGGAAUGAAGAUGCAUUUCAGUAUAAUUCAUUAUCCAAAUACCCAGUUUCUGCAUGGCCAUAUAAAAAAAAUACCCAACUCUUCUCAGUCAUGUGAAUUCUUUUACCACCCUGCCUAUGGAACUCUUGGGAAGCAUUAUGGAAAGCUGCAGACUUUACUGGAACAAAGAUCACAGCUCCUUUUCUUUCAUGAAUAUACUAGACGCCUAAAGGGUGUCUUGGAUUUUAACACCCAUCUUUCAAAGUUAAUCAUCAAAUUGGACAAACAAUUCAGAAUGCUGUCUGAAAAUCUGAAUGCUGCACAGCUUUUUCCAGAAUAUAACCUCAGCAGUCUUUGUAAGGAGCUAAGGGUUCACACCAGUCACUGGGGCUGUCUUUAUGAAAAAGCUACCCAUACUAAUUGGUUAAGACCAAUUCUAUUCCAGAAGCAGCACAAUUUGGAAGACAUGAAAAUCUCUUUGAAUAUGCUUGGCCUUCAUUCCCUUAUUCUAAUGGAAAAAUAUAUUAAAAUAAUUUUUAAUGUCUUGGCUUUAACCACACCUGAAAGUCUGACCGCUGAGACAAUAUUUGAUACUUUCAAGGCAGUUAAAAUAUUCAACAACAUAGUUUCAGAAAUUAACUUAGAAACAAGAUACUUUGACCCACAGAAGUCCUAUAUAUGUAAAGGAAAUCUGGAAUUCAACCCACUGCCUCACAAAUCAAAAAUGGUACAAUAUAGUAGUGAAAGCGUUCCUGUGAACACAUUUGCUGUUGCAAAGAUUUUAAGGAUUCUCUCAAAGCAAAGAGGAAGAAUGGCAGCAAUGAUAUUAUAUUGUUGGAUGAUCAAUCAGAACAAGUUUCUUUCUUGUAUUGAUAGAGUUAAAUUUAAUUCUAUGGACUGGAAUGAUGUAAAAGUGCCUUUUUUCAAAAGAAUGUCAAAGACAGGUGGCCAGGCCAUUAGAUCUGGUUUAUUGAGACCAAAACUUGGGGAGAGUCUACAUGGAACAAACAUUUCUUCAGAUAAGCAUCCUUUUAAAAAGUUUUUAAAAGGAGACAAAGAGUUUAUGGAUAAAAUUCUCAAAGCACUGUCUUCCACAGGAGCCUUGGGGUAUCUUGCUUUAAACAGACCUAAACCUGAUAAACCAGUUGCUACUGAUUCUGAUAACUUAAGUAUGGAAAGUGACAUAGACUUUUCAAGAAUACAAUCUUCAGGGUGCCAAAACUUUCAAAGUUCAGCAGAAACAAAUAUUUUUUACUCACAGUAUAGAGUAUUAUUUUGGAAAGAUUUUGAAGCUGCUCUUCUGAGAUUGCUUUACCAACCGAAAUUCAGUAGUUACCUUGGAAGCUUAAAUCAGUGCGGAGAACAGAUGGUGUUCCUUUUUUUAAAUGAAUUGCAUUUUGAAUGUUGUAAAGGUGGAAUAUCCAUGGAAUUUGAUGACAUAAUGAAGAAUAUAUGCUUGCAUUUACUGUCAAAGGUGGCUUUUCGGAACUGGGAUCAAGUGUUAUGCAGGACAUUGGGUACAGGAUUUCUAGACAAAUGCCUUCCUACCCCUGUCAGCAAGGAGCAAACCUCUGCACGGACCAAAACAGCUGAGAUACUUCAGCAGCUGUUCUUUCCUCUUCAUGUCAUGCUCAACUGCAAUGAUUUAGAAGCCAAAGGAAAUGAAGGAGAAGCACCCUUUGAAAAAGGCACACCUGCCAUCCCAUUUCUUCGUCUUGCCGUCCUGAGUCGUUGCACUGCUACCAUACAUUAUGCUUCCAUCUGGGUGAUAACCAAAGCCUUUCAAUUUCUUUCUUCUUGGUCACUUAAUCAGUUUCUUCUGGUAACACAGGGUGAUUUAAAGAUUCUAAAGAAGGAGGCAGAAAGACUUCUGCCACUUAUAGAAAGUUUCAAGCCAAAAGAAGACUAUGUCUCUCCUCCAUGUGAUAUAUUAAUAAUACAUCAAGAACAAGCAUUAGCAUCACAAGUUGUGGAAGGCACUGCCUACAUUCGGUCAUUCAGUGAAACAGUGUUGAGGGUAUUUUCUGUGGACUGCAAAAAAAUGGCUGUGGAAAUAUUUCAGCAGACAAUGCCUUUAGGAAAACACUGGAGGAUCAAUUGUAAAACAGAGUUGCCAAACAGCCCUAGUGAUUAUGCAUCAUCUGCUGCUCAGACUGUGAUUGGUCAGGUCCUGGAAGGGAUUCAGCCUUUGCCUGAUGAAGCCCAAGUACCGCCAUUAAUAGAAGCAAUGACAGCUUUCAUGGAAGCUUGGAUGGACCAUAUUUUAAAAAAGAAAAUAAAGUUCAGUGUUCAGGGUGCCUUACAACUGAAAAAGGACUUUGAUAUGAUAAGGGACUUAUUAAUAUUGGAAGAGUACAACUUGUCAGAGGAGAUCAGACAGAGGCUUCUUUCACUGAGAGUUUUCCAUCAAGUUGACAAUGCAAUCCUUUGUCUCCUGCAACAGCCAAUGAACAAGAAUUAUAUUCCUUCUAGUACUUGGGAGCCACUCUGGAGAUGCUGCACCAGUAAUAACCAGACAGCCGAUUUCAGCAGUGGCAGCCUAAACAGUCUUGAAAGCCUGGACCUGCAGGCGGCGAGAAACAAUGUCAUAACACAGACAGAAAAUGUGCUGGCUUCUGACCUUCUUGGAAACAUGAGGACUAACGGAAACCCUGAGUCCUACUUAGAAGCAAAACAACAGGAGUGGCUAGCUCUCCGCGUACACAGUGGUAACAGAUGGAAAAUACCAAGGCUUUCCUGCAUGAACAGAACACCUGAAAACUAAAACAUUCUUUUUCUACCAGAGAUGGACCAUAUGCCAUAAUUACUGCUGCUGUUUUGAUGGAUUAUGAAGUGUUAAGAAAAAGACAAAGCACAUCAUUAAUUCUGAAAGAAACUCUGUUGACGUUUUUAAGCCAUCAAAUUAUAGUGUUUAUUUCUUGUUAAUUACUUGUAGUAAAAUAGUUUAAAUCAUGCUGGAUAUCUGUAAAUAAAGUGUACAUUACAAUAAAAUGUAAAACAGAAAAGGUUUCCCUAAUGAAGUUUCCAUUAUGCAGACCAGGCCAGGGAACACAAUAUUAUUAAUUUGAUGUUCCAUUAAUUAAACGCAUCUGCUGCUUAAAUGCCAAGAAGUAAGCAGAAUAUUUUUAUUUUUUUACUGCACUUGUCACUUUGCCUAUCUAGAUUAUAUUUAGUUAUUUAAAAUAUUAUUUUGCAUGGUAUGUAUGAUUUUUCAUAAAGACUUGAAAAUGUACAUUUUAAACCAAACAAAUGUUUUAUCAGUUUAAUAGCAAGAUACUGACUUACUGUGUUAAUUAUAUGUAAACAAUUUUAUAUUGUUUCAUAAGUUUAGAUUUUUUAUUUAUUGGAUUUGCUUUUAAUUGUCCAACUUCAUGACAGUAAGUAUAUUUUGUUGUGAUCAUUCAUUUUUAUAGUCUUGCAGGCAAGUUGAUCUAUUUGUUGAUUUUUAGUUACAUACAGAAAUAUUUUUUUUAAUUCUUUAUAAAACAAAAUGCUAUAUUGUAUGUAUUU